AUGAUGAAGGAUUGCAUCGACUAUUCCAAAGGAUGUGAAGCCUGUCAAAGGCACGGCCCAAUCCAGCAGGUUCCUUCGGUUCCCAUGAAUCCAGUAGUAAAGCCAUGGCCUUUCAGGGGAUGGGCAAUGGAUCUCAUUGGCAAAAUCUAUCCAGCCAGCAACCAGCAGCACUGUUUCAUCAUCGUUGCCACAGAUUAUUUCACCAAGUGGGUAGAAGCCAAGCCAGUAAAAACCACAACAUCUCAAGAGAUCAUCAUCUUUAUAGAAGAACAGAUCAUACAGAGAUUUGGCAUUCCGGAAUCAAUCACAACUGAUAGGGGUUCUUCUUUCAUAUCUAGGGAUAUGCUAGAUAUGGCAGAAACAUUCAAGUUCAAACUGCUUCAAUCUACCCCCUAUUAUGCUCAAGCUAAUGGACAGGCAGAAUCAAGUAACAAGGUGAUUAUCAAUAUCAUCAGAAAAAUGCUAGAGAAGAAUCCGAAGCAGUGGCAUGAGAAGUUGUCAGAAACUUUGUGGGCAUACAGAACGUCAAAAAGAGAAGCAACUGGCAUGACUCCCUAUGCUCUGACCUACGGUCAUGAUGCAAUUCUGCCCAUGGAGAUAGCAGUCCAGUCCCUUAGAAUUGCUCACCAGCACGAUCUCACUGGGGAGGAUUACUCUCAAGCCAUGUUGCUGGAAUUGGAAGGAUUGGAUGCAAGCAGAAUUGACACCCUCAACAAACUCUUAGCAGGAAAACAGGCUGUGUCGAGAGCCUACAACAAAAGAGUCAAAAACAAGAGUUUUGAAGAGGGAGAGAUAGUCUGGAAAGCAAUUCUGCCCCUUGGAACACACAUAGCUGGAUAUGGAAAGUGGUCACCUACAUGGGAAGGCCCUUUUAUAAUUAACCAAAUCCUCGGAAUGGGGGCAUAUAGGUUGCAGGACCGAGAUGGGGUUGUUCACUUCGCCCCAAUCAAUGGCAAAUGGUUAAAGAAGUUCUAUCCAACCAUGUGGGAUUCGCAGGCUAAGAAUCUGGACGAGAAUGUUCUCCAUUUGUUUGAGAACACUCUGGUGUUAGGGCCUCACUGGUUUGGUCCUGUUCCGGCUGAGGUGGCGGAAUUGCUGAAAAAGGAUGCUGAGGCACCUUUGUGUUUUGAAAGCACUUCUGCCCUAGCUUCUUAUUCUUGGGUUAGCAAGAAUUUGAGUCGAUCUUUUCCGUCCAGCGAGGUGAGGAACAGUCCCGUCAAAUGGGCAGACUGGAUUGACAGACUUCUCCCGAGAUAUGGGGGUCACUGGAGGAGAGCUGGGCUCUAUGACGCCAUUCUUCUGUCCAAGCAGUCGAUUAACAGAGAUGAGAACCUGCUUGCUGCUGCCCUGUGUUUUUGGAAUUCUGCCAGCAACACAUUUGAUUUCCGUGUGGGUCCCAUGGCUCCAACUCUACUGGAUAUGGCUCAGAUUUUUGGGUUUAGGCCCCAUGGCAGACCUGUUGAUGCUGUUGGAGAUUAUCACAGGCGAAAGAACCAAGAGAAAGUGGCCACUCCCUUCACUAUCUCUCCAGCCACGAUCAAUCAGAACUGCUCCUUCUCCAACUUUCUGAAGAGAUUCAGCGCUGAGAAGGACAAGGAUCAGCAACAUAUGUUGUUCCUUCUGUAUUGGCUGAACCGAUUUGUCUUCCCCAAUCGGUCUUCGGCAGUUCUGCUUGAAUACAGACAUCUGGCAGAAGCACUUCACAAUCACACUGAUGUGGGGCUUGGACCAACAGUUCUGGCCCACCUUUUCAAGAAUCUGCAUACUGCCACUCUGGAAAAUCCAUUGAACCUGUCUGCUCCUGGCGCAUUCUGGAUGAUCCAGAUCUGGCUGCAGGUAUAUUUCCCCGAUUGCAACUCCGGUAUGAUUUCAGCGGAAUAA